AUGGCACCUCAUGCAGACCGAGCUUCUGGCGAUGCCGAGGCCGACACUGCGCCUAGAAAUGGCAUCAAAUCUCAGAUCACCGAUUCUGAGCCGUCACGCUUGGAGUCGACUCUACCUCUAAGGAGCCAGUUGUCUGAGCUAUACGAGGACAACAUUGCGGCAAAGAUUAUUAAAACAGCGGUCAAUGGCCUGGUCAACAAUAAUCCCCCAGCAGCCUACCCGGAGUAUGUUCUCCAGAGUGGCCCAGAAGCAGGCGAAUACCACCUUAGGGAAGCCUCUUUCUGGACAUGCGGCUUCUUCCCAGGCAGCAUCUACUCUCUAGUAGAACGUCUCGUCAAGUACCCACAGACUGUGCCUGGUCAGCAAAAGCAACAACUCCUUCAGAAGCUUAUCUCGCUCGGUGAUGCGUGGGCUGAACCUAUUCACGCCAUGGCUCGUCGGACCGAUACUCAUGACAUGUCUUUCAUGAUCCAGCCAUCCAUGCGCGUGCGAUGGGAAGUUUUGCAUGACCAGCGCGCAUUGGACGCUAUUCUUACGGCAGCGCGGUCGCUUUAUACGCGUAAUAACAAGACCGUUAACGCUAUGCGAUCUUGGGAUGUUCUCGACCAAAAGGGCGUGGACAUCUCUAGCGCAACAGAGGAUUUCCUCGUCAUCAUUGAUUCAAUGUGCAACCUGGACCUCCUCUACUACGCGGCAGCGCAAACCGGGGAGACACACUUGGCAGACGCUGCGACAGCACAUGCCAAGACACUCAUCCGCUCGCAUCUCCGCCCAGAGAAGGAUCCUCGCGGAAACAAGAAGCUCUUUAGUCACUUUCACGUCAUCAACUUUGAUCCCCGGUCAGGAGACAUUAAGGACCGUCGCACCGGGCAAGGAUACGAGGCGAAUUCCACGUGGGCUCGUGGCCAGGCUUGGGGUAUCAUGGGAUAUGCUCAGACAUACCUUUGGACAACCGAUAUCGAAUUCUUGGAGACUUCGAUUGCCAUGGCUGAGUAUUUCAUCAUGCGCCUUGAGAUGUCACCAUCAGUGGUGGAGAUUUCAGUCCCUGGGGAGAAUCGCAAGAGAGGUCGCUAUGUCCCUCUCUGGGACUUUGAUGCGCCUAUUCUUGAUGAGAGCAACCCACUCCGAGACUCUUCAGCUGGUGUCAUUGCUGCAAAUGGCAUGCUCAUCCUUUCUCAAGCGCUGGCAGGCCUACGUCGCUUCGAGGAAAGCAAGCGAUUCCAGGACAUGGCCAUCACCAUCAUCAAAGAUACGCUCGACUUUUCGCUCUCUCAGCAAAAGACAAAAACUGUCUAUGCCGAUGGGGCCGUUUCAACUGAAGAGGUUGAGGCAGGAAGUCGCUUUGACGCCAUUCUUCGAAACGCAACGGCCAACUACAACGCCAAGGAUCAUAAGCGUUACUGGGAUCACGGACUUGUGUAUGGGGACUAUUAUAUAAUUGAGUUUGGAAACAGGUUAUUGAGGAUGGGAUUGCUUUAG